AUGAAACAGAGAACUUGUGAUCUUAAGGUUAGGAGAGGUGCAGAUAGAGCAGAGAUUUACAGCCUUGCUUUCUCUUCGACUGCCCAAUGGCUGGCCGCUUCAAGUGAUAAAGGAACUGUCCACGUUUUCAACCUAAAGGUGGAUUCGGGGUCAUUAGUGGUUGAAAGAUCACGUGGUGCAUCCGAACAGAGUUUCUCAACUCCAUCAGCUAUUUCACAUCUCUCCUUCAUUAAAGGUGUGCUGCCAAAGUAUUUCAGCUCAGAGUGGUCGGUGGCUCAGUUUCGCUUGCAUGAAGGUUGUCAAUACACUGUUGCCUUUGGCCACGAAAAGAACACAGUUGCAAUUCUUGGGAUGGAUGGGAGAUUAGAAAGGAAAAGAAUUAGGGAUGAAGGAGAGAAGAAGAAAGGGAUGAGAAGAGAAGAAGAAAAUAAUUAG